CUAAAUCAUGUCAAGUUGCUUAGAGGGGCUAACUUGCGUACCAAGGAACCCAAACUACUGCACGAGGUCCACAUAACCAUAUUAUGGGGCCACACACUUUGUCGCCGCACUAGCGCCUGCUGGAAGUUGUUGUCGCCGCACAUUCUUCUUAUCUCCAAAUGACAGACUUUUUCUCUAGGCGACAAAUUUGUCGCUUGGCGCUGCACUCGGGAUUUUUGAAUAAAUCCCCUUUCUUCUUCAUUUCCCUGUUGCUGCUGUUUUUUUGUUCGCGAUUCGCUUCUUACUUCAAUUCACUCAUUCUCGCUCAUUUCUCAACCAAAUACGGACAAAAGUUUUGCAAAUCAAAGCUUACUUCAUCUAGUUUCUUGAUCUAUGUAAGUUUUCUUAAAACUCACUCGAAUUUUGCUGAAUUUUCGCACGUUAUUUCACGAAUUUUCUGAAAAUUCAAAAAUUACUUUUCUCAAUUUGCUUUAUAUGUUUAAUUGUAUUCCAUGAAAUUGCUUGAUUAUGCUUUUAUAUUUCCUUGGGAGUAUUUUGAGACUUGUUUGACUCAAUUUGGUGGAGAAACGAACGAUUUACCAUUGUUGAACCCCCUAAGGUCGUGUGAACAAUACAGCUUGUUCUUCGCGUUUUUUGCUAGCUAUUCUUGUUCAAUUUGUCACAAUAAUUGUCAUAGUAUUGCAAUAAAUGGUUUAAUUGCUUGAAAAUACCAUAUAUGCUUGAAUUAAAUUCGUGCUCUGUUUUAGUACUACAUAAUAUCUUGCGGCUAGGCGAAACUUAGACACUAUAAAGCCUUAAUUUUUGUUAUUUUGCAUAAUGUAGAAUGGCUAGACAACACGGUUCUGGUUCUUGGUCUAGAGACACCCGACGGGAGCACGAGCCCGUUGGUGAGGGUGAGGAGCCAUCCACCUCUCUAGGACCCUUCCCUGAGUGGGAUGAGCGGACCUUGUUUUUCCCUCCUGAGCACCACAUCUCUGAGCGGGUGCGUCGCGGGAUCGUUAGCGAGAGGACUCGUAGCCAAAACUCUAGCAACGAAACCAUUGGCUAUUUGUUGGACAAAUAUUAUCGCAACGAUGAGGAGUUGCGACGGCUCUGGGAGUCUUGCGAGCUGACCGCCUUGCUUCGGGCCACUCAGGCUAUGUACCCUUUCAACCCGAGCCACCACAUGGUUCGAGCUUUGGUGGAGUUCUUUUGGGACACCACCAACACCUUUCACUUUCUCUGGGGCGAAAAUACUGUCACCCCUGCUGACUUCAGUCUUAUCUUGGGACUAGAGUUCCACUCUACUACGCUACCAUUUGACAUUAGGAUUAUAGUAGGAGCUGUUGGGUCCGAUUACUAUUUGGGCCCGUGCCGAGGUUGAGCCUGCAUGACUUAGUGCUCGGUGUAUCCGUUGGUCUACUCCUGCAAUGGCCACUACAACAUAAACGACCAAAUGCAAUGGUCUUAAGCAACGGUUAAAGAGUAUUGCAACGAUUGAGUGCAACGACCUAAGCUAAUACAACAGUUAUUGCAACGGUUAUAGAUAAUACAACCGUUUGUAGCAACGGUCUUUGCUAAUGCUACGGUUUUUUGCAACGGUUUAAAAAUUAGCCAUGGCAUUAGGUCUUUAACCGUUGCAUUAUAUGAUUGUAAGACCUGAUAAAAUAAAAUAGGAGUAUAAAAGUUUUGGAGUUGCGCGCUAUACCCUGGACUUUUUGUGCGCUUUUUUUCCCCAAAAUUUCAAAACCCUCAUUUCUUUUAGUCUCAAAUUCUUAAGUCUCUAGUACAUUACUCCCGAUUUACCAAACUUCAGCUAUAUUCUAGAGAAUUCCCAUUACCAAACUCUUUUCAAAACCCCCAAUACAGAACGAAGUCGACAUUGGCGCUCCGGCAUCCAUUUGGAGAUUAAUUAUCAGGAGUAAAGCAGUACCUCAGUUUCGGUAUUUGCAGCACUACACUCCCUCAGUUGGCCUAGAUGAAGGGGAUUAAGGCUAAAUCCAUCCCUCAAAAAAAAGUGAUAACAGAUUAUGAAAGGCAAAGACUAGAGCAACUAAAGCGUAACGCGGACAUAAUGGCAGCUUCUAGAAAAGGAACUUUGGCAUCACAAAUUUAUGAUAAAUCUCGAGCCUUUUCAUAUGCCCUUAAUGCUAUCAGCACAUGGGAUGACAAUAAUUUGUUUUCAGAUGAAGAUGAUGAAAAUGAUGAUGAGUACAUACCUGAAUAUGAGGGUAACCAGGAUGAAAUUGACUCUAGUACUAUAACAAGCAAGUGUAAGGCUGUUGUGAGUGGGAAAUUUUGUGGAGGGUCAACAAGAGGCAUGUCACCGCUUUCAUAUCUGCCACAUGUCAAGGAUAUUGCUACCAAAAAGGCUGCUCGCAAGGGCUCUUCAAACAAGUCGGGCUCAAUGGCUGCAUUUGUUCAGAACACCACAAAACAUGGUGUGGAAAACCAUACCGAGCUACCUCCAGUCAAUUCAAUAGGCAAGUUUCAACAAAGAGAUCACCAAAAUGGAAAUAACCCAUCAGGAAAACAAGCUCUCCAGCCACAAAAGAAACACCAACAAAAGACUUUUUGUUGUCCUGGAUCAUUGACUGCCUUUCGUGAGCUACGAAAAAAGCAAUCAGAGAAUAUGAUUCAAGACAAUGAAACAAACAGUACUUCCAACCUUGAAGUGGCAUAUGAAGGCCAGUUGAUCUCUAGUAGUGCAAAUGACUUUGUAAAUGAACAACCUGUAGAUGCAUGAUGGCAACAAUGUAAUUGAAGAUAUAACUGAAGCGAUAGACGAGGACUCUCGAUUGAGAACUAAAAGCCCACAAGAAGUUCCUGCAAAAAAGAAGCAUCGAGGUCCAAAAAAAUUGGUUAAGGUUCAUGGUCGUCCUAGGGAGGAACGCCCUUACCUUAUCUUGAAUAUUUAUGGGCAACCAGUUGGACCUACUGAUGAAGUAGUCGAUGAAUUUACUCAAUUUUUGGGAACUGUUGCUAGAAAUUCUGAACUAGCCCCACUUAAUUAUGUUGAAUGGCCAAGCCUUCCCACACAUAACAAAAUAUGGGAUUAUGUCCAG